UAUUUGACCAGGGUGGCCCAACUUGGGCACUGACUCAUGCAAAGACUCCUCCCCAUCGACGCCACGCCGACCUUAUGAGUGACAGCGAAUGCGACCAAUAGCGAUAGGAAUUCCCACUUCUUACGCAUCUCACGGGUCAAUCAGAACACGGGUAGGCGGAAUCACCGUGGGCCUGGCAUUCAUGCUUGGUUGCAAAGAAAGCCGGUGUAAACAGGGCGACUGACAGCUAGCCACAGAGACGGAUACCAUACCCUACUACCACACCUCUCCCUCCUCAAGCUGCAUCCUCGACUCUUUUGGAUACUUUCUGGGAACUAUCUGGAAACUCUCAACUUGAUUUCAUUCUUUUACUUCCUUAACGGAAUGGAUUUUGAGAAGACCUAACCUGGAUGUUUUGCUGCACGAGUUGUUGUUGAGAACCAGCCUGUGGAGUUUGCUAACUUUUUGAAGAGUUCACAUUUAAGUCUGUCUGGAGGGGGGGGACUAACCCGAAGCCAAGAUGGAUCAAGCUAGCGGUGGUGAGGACCCGAAUAAACCCUCUAAAAAGAAGUCCAAUGAGGAUGAGGGUAAAAACAAAAAGCUGAAUAUACACAUAAAAACAUUGGCUGAUGAUAUGCGUGAUCGUAUCACCAGUUUUAGGAAAGCAGGGAUGAAGAAGGAAAAGCCCCUCAUACAGCACCCGACAGAUCCCCUCUCUAUCCAGACUGAGCUGCCUGUUCCUCAGCCCCUCUUCGACGACCGCUCAAUGAACCUCUCGGAAAAGGAGAUCAUCGACCUCUUUGAGAAGAUGAUGGAGGACAUGAACCUGAACGAGGAUCGCAAAGCCCCCCUGCGCGGGAAGGACUUGAGCACCAAACGCGAGAUGGUGGUCCAGUACAUCUCAGCCACAGCCAAAUCUAUAACUGGGAGCAAAGUUGCGGGAGGACUGAGAAACAGCAAGCAUGAGUGUACGCUUUCAUCCCAAGAAUAUGUCCACGAGCUGCGAUCUGGCAUCACAGAAGAGAAGCUGCUCAACUGCCUGGAGUCUCUCAGAGUUUCUCUCACAAGUAAUCCUGUCAGUUGGGUGAACAACUUUGGUCAUGAAGGUCUUGGACUUCUUCUGGAUGCUCUGGAGAAGCAUUUGGACAAGAAACAGCAAGAGAUUAUUGAUAAGAGGAACCAACAUAAACUCAUCCAGUGUUUGAAAGCCUUCAUGAACAACAAGUAUGGACUGCAAAGGAUCCUGGGAGAUGAGCGGAGCCUGUUGCUGCUGGCACGAGCAAUUGACCCCAAACAGACCGGCAUGAUGACGGAGAUUGUCAAAAUCCUCUCUGCUUUUUGCAUUAUUGGGGAGGAAAAUAUCCUGGAUAAGAUUCUAGCGGCCAUGACAAUCGCCGCAGAGAGGAACAAUAAAGAAAGGUUCGCUCCGAUCGUGGAAGGACUGGAGAAUCAUGAAGCCCAGCAGCUACAGGUUGCUUGCAUGCAGCUUAUCAACGCCCUGGUCACCUCCCCUGAUGACCUGGACUUUCGGAUACAUCUGCGCAAUGAGUUCUUAAGAUGCGGCCUGAAGAAGAUCCUGCCUGAGCUAAAAGAGACGGAGGAGCUCGACAUUCAGCUGAAAGUAUUCAAUGAGAACAAGGAGGAGGACUCUAUCGAACUCUCCCACCGCCUGGAUGACAUCCGCGCAGAGAUGGAUGAUAUGAAUGAGGUGUACCAUCUCCUGUCCAACAUGGUGAAAGAUACCGGAUCUGAGGCGUACUUCCUGUCAGUCCUUCAACACCUAUUGCUCAUCAGGAACGACUAUUACAUCAGGCCUCAGUAUUACAAGGUGAUAGAGGAAUGUGUGUCCCAGGUGGUUCUGCAUCGCAACGGGAUGGACCCCGACUUUGGCUACAGUAAACGACUGGACGUGGACUUCACCCAUCUGAUUGAUCAGUGUGUGGACAAAGCCAAAGUCGAAGAGAGCGAGCAGAAGGCUGCAGAGUACUCCAAAAAGUUUGAUGAGGAGUUCAGUGCACGGCAGGAGGCCCAGGCUGAAUCUCAAAAGAAGGAAGAGAAAAUCAAAGAGCUGGAGGGGAAGAUCCAGGCCCUGGAGUCCCAGUUAACUAUUGAAAAAGACAACCUCAAAGAGGCUCAGACACUCAACAGGGAAUAUGAAGCCAAGAUUGCAGCUGGUCCACCUGCAGCUGGAGCACCUCAGGGGCCCGUACCAACGGGUGCAGCUGCUCCACCCCCUCCUCCACCGCCACCUCCCCCACCUCCACCUGGUGGCGGUCCUCCACCACCUCCACCUCCUCCUCCACUUCCUGGCCAUGCCGGUAUGCCACCACCACCACCGCCACCACCUCCGCCCCCUGGUGGGGGUCCUCCACCUCCACCACCUCCUCCUGGUUGUGGGCCUCCCCCGCCUCCACCUUUCUUCGGGGGUCCGGGUGGACCUCCGCCGCCUCCUGCAAUGCCUGUAAUUAAGCUGCCUUAUGGACUGGAGCCCAAGAAGACCUACAAGCCUGAAACAGUGAUGAAGAGGGUCAACUGGACCAAGAUAGUGCCUCAGGAAAUGGCAGAGAAUUGCUUCUGGAUCAAAGUCAAAGAAGAGAAGUUUGAGAAUCCUGACCUAUUUGCUCAGCUCUCCCUCUGCUUCUCGUCACAGAGCAAAGUGAAAAAAGACGUCAAAGAUGAGACUGACGACAGAAUGCAGCAAUUCAAGAAGAAGGCCAAAGAGCUGCGCAUCUUGGACUCCAAGACGGCACAGAAUCUCUCAAUUUUCUUGGGCUCGUUCCGCCUGCCUUAUGAAGAGAUCCGGGACAUUGUGCUGGAGGUAGACGAGGAAAGACUGAGCGAAUCGCUCAUCCAGAACCUGAUAAAGAACCUGCCAGAGCAGAAAGAGCUGAGUGCGCUGGCGGAACUAAAGGGUGAAUAUGAGGAGCUGGUGGAGUCGGAGCAGUUUGGCAUUGUGAUGAGCUCUGUAAAACUCCUACGAGCACGUCUCAACGGCAUCCUGUUCAAGCUGACGUUUGAGGAGCAGGUGAACAACAUCCGUCCUGAUAUCAUGAAUGUGACAUUCGCUUGCGAGGAAGUGAAGAAGAGCGAAAGCUUCAGCAAACUCCUGGAGCUGGUGCUGCUGGUUGGCAAUUACAUGAACGCUGGUUCGAGGAACGCCCAGACGUUUGGAUUCAACAUUAGCUUCCUCUGCAAGCUUCGAGACACCAAAUCCAUCGGUCAGAACACAACACUUCUUCAUUUCCUGGCUGACAAGUGUGAAGAGAACCACAAUGCCAUUCUAACGUUUCCAGAUGAACUGGAGCACGUGGAGAGUGCCAGCAGAGUUUCAGCUGAGAUCCUAAAAAGCAGUUUGACCACCAUGGAACGACAAAUUCAGAGGUUGGAGAACGACAUCGAGAACUUCCCGAAAACAGACGACCAGCAAGAUAAGUUUGUGGAAAAGAUGUCGGGCUUCUGCAAGCAUGCCCGGGAGCAGUACGAGAAACUGUCCACGAUGCACAAGAACAUGCAAAAGCUCUACGAGAGCAUCGGCAGCUACUUUGCCUUUGACCCCCACGUGGUCAGUGUGGAGGAUUUCUUCGGAGAACUGGCCAACUUCCGCAUCCUCUUCAUUUCUAUCCAUCCCUCCUGGCACCGCCCUGAAAAUUCCCCGUGUCAGGAUGAUGACAUGGUGUCUAAAAGGCAAGCUCUCAGUCUUCACAAUCCAUUAAUGUGAAUGGCAAG